GAGAGAAGGACUGAGAGGAGGACCUAAAGGAGGACCGCUUCGUGGACUAUUGUUCAUCCAGAGAUCAGACUUAGCGUUGAACCGACAACCUCCGGAGCUUAGACUGAGACAGGAUGGAGGAAGACCAGGACGAGGGGCAGACCCAGAAAGGGUGUCUGGAGUGCUGCGUGCGGUGUCUGGGGGGCGUCCCCUACCCGUCUCUGAUCGCCACCGUGCUGCUCUACGCGGGCGUGGCGCUGUUCUGCGGCUGUGGCCACGAGGCGCUGUCCGGCACCGUGUCCAUCCUCCAGAACUACUUUGAGGUGGUCCGCAGCCCGGUGGACACGCUGGACGUCUUCACCAUGAUCGACAUCCUGAAGUAUGUGAUCUACGGCGUGGCCUCGGCCUUCCUGGUGUACGGCGUGCUGCUGAUGGUGGAGGGCUUCUUCACCAGCGGCGCCAUCAGGGACCUCUACGGAGACUUCAAGAUCACCGCCUGCGGCCGCUGUGUCAGCGCCUGGUUCAUCCUGCUGACGUACGUCUUCAUGCUGGCCUGGCUCGGGGUCACUGCCUUCACCGCGCUCCCCGUCUUCAUGUUCUUCAACAUCUGGAACAUCUGCCAGAACACCACCAUGCUGGAGGGCACUUCCCUCUGCCUGGACCCCCGGCAGUAUGGUAUGGUCCCAAUCUCUGACGCCCGGACGGUUUGCUCUGGAUCCGACAAGUUCCUCAAGAUGUGUGAAUCCAACGAGCUGGACAUGACCUUUCACCUCUUCAUCUGCGCCCUGGCGGGGGCGGGAGCGGCUGUCAUCGCUAUGAUCCACUACCUCAUGGUGCUGUCGGCUAACUGGGCGUAUGUGAAGGACGCGUGCCGCCUGCAGAAGUACGAAGACAUCAAGAACAAGGAGGAGCAGGAGCUCCACGACAUCCACUCCACCCGCUCCAAGGAGCGCCUCAACGCCUACACCUAG